AUGAAGGGGCUGCGUAAUUCUUCCAAUCCUACUUCAAGGUGGAAUUCUAGAGGUGCUAAUUUCAGGGAGAAGACUAGAUCCAAACCUAUCGAAUUAAAGGAGAGGCCUACAAACCAGCACAGGAAGAAGCACAUGCCUAAUUUCACUUCUAAACCUCCUUCAUGGCAUCGUGAUAUUACUUGCUUUAAGUGUCGUGGAUUAGGCCAUUAUGCUUCUGAAUGUCCAAAUAAAAGAACCAUGGUCAUUAAAGCGAAUGAUGUUUUCUCGGAAUCUGAUAAUUCGGAUGGGAAUGAAGACAUGCCACAUGCAGAUGAUGCUACAGAUGAUGACGAUAUAGUUGAGUAUGCUGUUAGUGGCGAGGCCCUUGUUACUAGGCGGAUCUUAAAUGUCCAAGCCAAGGACGAUCGUCUAGAACAGCAUGAAAACAUCUUUCAUACAAAAGUUUUAUUGGGAGGCUUGUCAUCUACUCCUAGGGCGUCGAUGGAAUUUGUGGAUGUCUUUCUGGAGGAGAUGCCUCCAGGUUUAGCUUCGUUACGUGGCAUUGAUCAUCAGAUUGACUUUGUCCCUGGUUCAAGCAUUCCAAACCGGCCAGCUUACCGGACGAAUCUUGAGAAAACAAAGGAACUACAAUGGCAAGUCGAGGACCUUUUGGCAAAGGGUUUUGUGAGAGAAAGCAUGAGUCCUUGUACUGUUCCAGUACUAUUGGUGUCCAAGAAGGAUGGCUCAUGGAGGAUGUGUAUUGACUGUAGAGCUGUAAACAAGAUUACGGUAAAAUAUCAUCAUCCUAUUCCUAGACUUGAUGAUAUGCUUGAUGAAUUGCUUGGUUCUGUUAUUUUUACUAAAAUAGAUUUAAGGAGUGAUUAUUAUCAAAUACGGAUGAAACUUGGUAAUGAAAGGAAAACAGCUUUCAAAACUAAAUAUGGUUUGUAUGAGUGA